CAUGCAAGUGGUUUCUGUUCAUCUUAUUCUACUUCCUUCCUGUAGGUUGUGGCAGUAUAUAAAAUUUAUGUAAUAGCAUAAAAUAUAUGGCUUGGCAUAGUUUGGUCCGCUGGAGGAUGUGUUUGAUCUUCCAAAAGGCCUUAAGCCGGUGUCGCUUUGGUUGACCAGACCAGAUCCAGAUGGCAGAUAGAACAGGUCGGGCUACCAAGAACAGCCACGACUGCCUAUUAUUGUACGCAUUACAUGGAUGCUAAUAACAUGACGCAGACGCCAGACGCGGUGUGUGUGUCUGUGUGCUUUGCUUCCAAAGCGAGAUGGAAUUGUUCCAAGAAAACGACUUCGCCAUGGUUGGUAGGGUGAGGUUGAGCAGAGCAGACCAAAGCCAUGGACACGCCAUGACGCCACGCAAAUUGCAGUGGCAGGUCGCUUGCGCUUCUUUUCGGAAUAAAUUGCAGAGCAGAGUCCGCGAGGAAGAAGGGGUCGCCACCGCAGAGCUCCCUCCCUCGCGGUCUCGCUCUCGCCUACUGGGACAGCUCGUUUCGUUUGCCAGGUCCGGCCGCUCGUCCCGCCGCUGCCACGCGGCCCCCGCCCCGCCCCGCCCCGCCGCAGCUCCGGCCUUGACCUUGGACACGGUCGCGCGCCACGACCAAGGUUUUGUCGCCGAUUAUAUUAGCUGCGGACUGCGGUGGGGGCGGCAGAGCUCGGCGCGACACGCGACCGCGUCUGCCGACCAACCACUGCGGGCCGCGGAGCAUGGCCGGGCGCGACCGACGCGGGACCUUGGCCCCGUCGUCGUCGUCGUCGGGGUCGGGGUCGGGGAGGCGGAAGCCGGAGCACGAGCGGUGGCCGCGGAGCCCGGCGUGGUCGCGCCCGCUGUCCGACAGCGGCGAAGGCCGUGGCCGCAGAAGCGGCUCCUCCUCCUCCUCCUCCUCCUCCUUGAGGUCCCUGUUCCGCUCCAUCGGGGUGUGGUUCAGCUCGCUCUCCACCGCGUCGGCGUCGUCGUCCAUAAAGCGGAGGAGCAGGGACGCCGUGCCGGCGGGUGAUAAGAAGCCGCCUUUGCCGGGGUACGCCGGGACGAAGACCUCUGCGCGCGGGCUGUACAGCGGCGGUGGGCACGGCAGCGGCAGGGAGCAACGGCCGUCGUUCCAGAGCUCCGUCUUCUCCAUCGAGGAGAUCCUCAGCGCCACCAACAACUUCUCGCCGGCGCUCAAGAUCGGGCAGGGCGGCUUCGGCGCCGUCUACAAGGGCGUCCUCCCCGACGGCACCGUCGUCGCCGUCAAGCGCGCCAAGCUGCGGAUGCAGAACCCUCACGUGGACGUGGAGUUCCGGAGCGAGAUCAAGAUCAUGGCGCGCAUCGAGCACCAGAGCCUUGUGCGCUUCUACGGCUACAUGGAGUGCGGCGAGGAGCGCAUCGUCGUCGUCGAGUACGUCCCCAACGGCACCCUCCGGGAGCACCUCGACAGGUGCCACGGGCGGUUCCUGGACUUCGGGACGCGUCUCGACGUCGCCAUCGACGUCGCGCACGCCGUCACGUACCUGCACAUGUACUCCGACCACCCCAUCAUCCACCGCGACAUCAAGUCCUCCAACAUCCUCCUCACCGACUCGCUGCGCGCCAAGGUGGCCGAUUUCGGCUUCGCGCGCCUCGGCGCCGGCCUGGGCGCCGGCGCCGCCGGGGAGGCGACGCACGUGACCACCCAGGUGAAGGGCACGGCGGGGUACCUGGACCCGGAGUACCUCAAGACGUGCCAGCUCACGGACCGCAGCGACGUCUACUCCUUCGGCGUGCUCCUGGUGGAGCUCGCCUCGGCGCGCCGCCCCAUCGAGACCAAGCGCGAGAUGAAGGAGCGCCUCACCGCGCGCUGGGCCAUGGGAAGGUUCAUCGGCGGCGCCUCCGCCGACGUGCUGGACCCGCACCUCGCCCGCACGCCCGCGGCCGAACGCGCGCUGGAGAUGGUGCUCGAGCUCGCGUUCCGGUGCAUGGGACCCGUCCGACAGGACAGGCCCGCCAUGAGCGACUGCUGCAGGGCGCUCUGGGCCAUCAGGAAGACGUACCGGGACAUGCUCGCCGCCGACGCCACGCCGCACUUCUCCGACCGGGCAACCACCGCCAGCAGCGCCGACAGCAGCGGCGACCUCUGGAGGAUCUGAUCGUUCCAAUCCUGCUACUAACUCAUUUGCUUUGACUGACACUUAAGUUUGAUGUAAAUAUAUACGUACCUACACUGGAACAUUUUUUUUUUUGCCACAUUUUACCUUCUCGACGAUUGUGUUCAUCUGAUGCUAAGCGUUGGAUUCCAUAUGAUUGUCACUGCUGUCAAUCUUAGAACAGUUCUUGUGUGCU